ACAAAUGUGACCCUGAGUAAUCCUGAUCCCUCGGGCCAAGUACAGCUCGCCGUCCCGGAUGGUGUCCCUGGGGCCGGACCCCGAGGCCGAUGUCGUCGUGUCGGAAAGAGCCCUGAUGACCAUGCUCGACACUGGCAGAACACAGAGUGUGAAGAGCUUCAAAGGUUCAACCAGGUCAGCUGCCACUUCAAUCGCUGAAAGCCAUGGACGUGGACGCCGAGAAUUCAGGGACAUGCGUCGUGGCUCGGAAGGAGCUUUGAUGGCAGCAGCCGGCUCGAUCCUGGUGGCAACUUCUGCAGUGCGCAGCAAAUCCUCGGGGCGACGACCAUCUGAAUAUUCCCGGGGUUCGGGCUAUGGUGACAGGGCCAUGUCCGAAGCUCGUUCGUACGACGAGACGACGGUGAGGAACAUGACUCGUCAUCCGGAGAGUUACUACUCGACUUCUAGGCCGCAAUCGACGCAAUUCUUCAGCGAGGACGGACGAACAAUGGCUGAGCGCGAAGACGGAUCCAGUGUCUGGAUUCCUCAAUCUCGACUUUACAGACUCGCUCCCGAUAGUGACCUGGGAUCGGAAACAAGUUCCAGAACACGAGACAUGCGCAGUAGCAAAAUUUCCAGCUCUCCACCGCAUUAAAUAAAUCGCGAAAACGCAUUUCUUUCCCGGUUUACUCGGUUUAGCGAAAUUUGCUAUCAACCUCGAUCGGGAAACACGACAGCAAAAAAAAAAAUUUUCCGUUUUCUCGGCGAAAAAAUGCCAACCGUCCAAGAACCGAAAAGACCAUUUUAUUUUUGCGAGCUACCAAUAAAAAAAAAAUCGAAAGAACGACGAGAGAAGAAGACAUAACCUAUUUUUGAGGGGGGUUUCAAAUCGUAUAGACGUUUUUAAAUAUUUUUUUUUUCGUAUCGUUCAAAUCGGUGCUUGGUGCGUUCCAGUCAUCAAAAGUUUUUGUAUUUUUGAUUUUGUUGAUUUUGUUUUUAACUCAAACCUUCCUCCGACUUCGGCUGCCUAAAAAAUAUAUACAUCGUUCUUUUAUUGUUUUUUCUCCCUUGUCGUAGUUCGUGUAGUUUGGAGUAGAAAUGGGGGGAAAAAGUAUUUGAAAAAGACGGACACAAUAUUUUUUUUGUGUGUGUUGACUAUAUUUUUGCGUCGGAAUUCGUAUUUCAGUUUUGGCGUUUUUUUCCUGUUGAAAGGCUUGUGACCUUAUGCCGUGUCGUUAAUUUAUGACGUCUUGCUCAAAAAGAAAAAACGAAAGAUAGAGAGAGAGAGAAAAAUGAAUAUUUCUUCUCGGAACAUUCGAAACUGGUGCAGCUGAGUUCGGGAAAUUUGUCUAGAAUGGUAUUCUACUUGUUUUCUUCGCAUAUGAGGAAUUUUAGCAAACGGAAAGUUAAAAAAAAAAACGCGAGGGUGCCAUUUUGAAAAAAUUGAAAAGACGCGAUGUCGAAGUAGUUCUUUUUUUUGUGUGUAGAGACGAGCGGCAGGAGGGGAAAGAAAAAGCUGCUCGAAAAGCUAUUUUUUGCAUGGAAAGAAUUAUACGGUAACUAUACAAGAAAGGAAAAAUGUUGCUCCAAAACAAAACGGAUGUGAUUCGACGCGAGAUUUUUCCGUUUUACAUUAUGUAAAAAGUGUAGCGCGUGUGGAGUGAAAAAUGUUGAAGUGGUGGCAAUAAUUGAGGGGAUGCUGAUGAUGAGUGAGUUGAGAAUACCUUUUUUUUUUGCGUGUUGGACAGAGGCCGAGUGUUUUUGGCGUUUUACCUCUCAGUGGUCUGUGAAAAAGAGCAAAGAAUUAAGCGAGAGAACAAUUUUAACGAGUUGCUGGGAACAACACGAGCUGCCUUGCUAUUGAAAUAAAUGCCGGCAUCAGCGUGGAA